AUGAUAAAAAAGGUAAAAGAGUAUCUUGAUCAUUUAGGAUACUUCAAAGCAAGCAAAGAGGCAAGAAACACAUUUUUAGGAGUAAUAUUAGUUAAGUUUGGAACAGGAGCAAUAGGAAUAUGGGGCAUCAUCAAUAUAUAUUUUUUCUCCUUCUAUAAGCAAAAUGAUGAUAAUUUAAGGAUGAGUGAGUUUGUCUUCUUAAUUACAUUUGCCGCAAUUCCUAUGAGUGUUAUAGCCAUAUUUUCAGUUCGAAUUGCUUAGAUAUAUGGUUUUGAAAAAAUUAUUAGAUCAGCGAUGAUUAUUAAUCCGAUCAGCAUCAUGUUAGGAUCAACGCAAGAUAAUUUUUACACUUUUGCUUUAUUUAACACAUUCAUAGCAAGUAUAUGCUUUGGAUCUACAGUGAUGCCUAUCCUCUACUGUCUUUGGAGCCAUUUCCCUACUAAAACUGGAAAUACAACAGGAGUUGCUUUGGCAAGUUUUGGUCUAGCUACUUUUUUUUACAGUAUAUUUGCUACUUAUAUUGUAAACCCAUAAAAUCUACCUGCAACUAUUGAAUACAUUGAAGGAUAAUAAACCUAUUAUUUGUUUGAAGAAGUUGUAAACUAGAAUGUCCCAUCAAUGGUUUUUUGGAUAGGAUUUAUUUAAUUACUAUUUUGUAUUCCAGGAGCUUUUUUGAUUUCAAAUAAUAAAGAAAGUGAGUCUCUGCUGAAUGAAGAAAACGAAGAAAAUGAUGAAAAAGAUUUAGAGAUGAAUUUGUUAGGAAGCAGUUUUGAGAAAAAUAUUGUUGUUUAAGAGGAAGAAUAUAAGUAUAAUUAAUUUCAAUAAGGUGUAAUGAUUCUUGAAUAGCAAAAUAGUCAUUAAUUAUUUAACAAUUAAUAGAAUUAAUAAAAAUAAAACUCUGAUAGAAAAAUAAGCUCAACUCCCUCCAACAAGCAAAGGAAGAAAUCUAUUUCAUAGUAAUAUCUUUUGGAGUGGCAUGCCCAAGUUCUCCACACUCAAUUCUCAAAUAAUUCAGCAGAUAAAGUUUAGAGCAACUAAUAAAUAACUUCUCUUAAUUAAAUACCAUAUGAAAAUAACCAUAAAUAAUAAAAAACUUCAAUUACUAAAUUGUAAGAUAAAUAAUUUUAAUAAACAGCAAACUAAAUCAGUGAUAGUCCUUAGCAAGCUUAGCAAUAUAAGGUUAAGUAACAAGAGUAAAACUAAGAAUUUAAAGAUUAAAAUCAGGAAUAAAAUUAAGUUAUUGAACAUAAUUAGCAAUAGAAUGAUCAAUAAAAGUAAGAUUCGAUACUAUAAUUUGAAAGUAACUGCACAUUUCACUCUGACCUCACUCUUAUGGAUGCUAUAAAAUCAAAACCUUUCAAGAUAAUUUAUGUUUCAACUUUUCUGCUCAGCUGCUUCUCUCUUUUUAUUUCAAUUAAUUUUAAAACAUAUGGAUUAACUAAAAUAAACGAUGAUCAUUUUCUUACUUAUAUUAUUACUUUUAGUACUCUAAUUAGCAGUAUUUCAAAUAUAGGCUGGGGAUAUUUAGUGGAUAAAUACAAUUUCAAACUAGUUUAUCUCAGAUUAAUUCUUGUCAUUUUAGCUGCAGGAUUCCUAUUUCCAAUAUUUUCUGACAGUAAAAUAGGUUUUUACAUAUUUUUUUAGAUUUUAAGUGCUAGCGAAAGAGGACUUUACACAAUAAUAGGACCUGGUUUAGUAAAAAUAUUUGGGAUGAAACUUGGAGCAGAGUUGUUCCCUGUGAAAAGUACAUCCUUUUUCUUGGCUUUGGUAGUUCUGCCAGUUAUUCAAUUUUUUAUGCUAAAGUUUUUUGACUAUGAUGAAACAAUUCAUAUCUUAUUAGUGGGAAUUGUUGCUUCAUAUUUUUUAAGCAACCAGUUAUAAUAAUAAUACGAUUUUAGGAACAUAACUUACUAAGAAAAAUAAAAGAAUAGAGUUUGA